AUGGCGGGAGAGUUGGUGGAGGCGAUGCGAUACAAGGUGGGCAGAAAGAUCUAUCGUGUUCUAUGUGACUCUCAUUCUCCGAUAGCUACUCUCCAACAGAUGUUGUUGCUGUCAGAGAGCGGAACAGGCUCUCGAAGAUGCAGAGAGGUGCGUGAAGAUCAGACCAGCGUUCGCAAAGGGACAUUUCCGCAUGAGCCAGGCAUUGCUGGACCUGGCGCGAUCGAGUCUCGCUCGCUCUCCAACGGACUCCCAACAAAGAGGAAGGAUGAGUCAGGAGGGGGGAAACUCCCUGUGACAGUCUUGAGUGGAUUUCUUGGGGCCGGAAAGACAACCCUUUUGAAGCAUCUGAUUCUAAACACCUCUGGGUACAAGGUUGCAGUGAUUGUAAACGACAUGGCAGACGUCAAUGUUGAUGGGUGGAUUGUGGAUAACGCGAAUUUGAGCGUGACAAGGACUGAAGAAAAUCUUGUGGAACUGAGCAACGGAUGUAUAUGCUGUACAUUAAGACAAGAUCUGAUUCAUGAAGUGUCGAGGAUUGCAUUUGAGAAUCGCUUUCAAUACCUCCUCAUCGAGAGCACCGGCAUCUCCGAACCUCUCCCGGUUGCACAAAGUUUCAUGAUGCAAGACUUGGAAGGUCGUAAUCUGUCUCAGAUCGCAAGAUUGGACACCUUGGUCACUGUCGUCGAUGCGUUUCAGUUCUCCAAAGAUUUUAGCUGCGGGGAAAAACUCAAGUGA